AUGCAGCUGUAUACAAGCAGCAUUGAUUAUCGUUCACGUGCAAAAGCCGAAGAUGUUGAUUUGGCGACAAAAUGGUGGAACGACUAUCCAAAUACGAGAUACACAAACUUAGCUCGUGCUCAAAAUACUUUAGAUGGUUAUCUAAGAGAUGUAUGGAGUAAACCUAAACGACUAGCACGUUCGGCAUCUUAUACUAACCUUACAUACGUUAAGGAAGCAGUUCACGAUUAUCCGAUCCGGCGUGCAGCUUCGGUAUCGUCGUUGGCACCGUCGCUUGCAUUACCACAAUAUUAUCGUGAACCUGAAAGAAUUGUGCAUACUACGGUGGUUUAUAAGCCGCGUAUGUACGACUGGUACUCGAAGAGCUAUAGUCACGCUAAAUGGGCGGAUACAUUUGAAUCAUUGAAAAAACCGUUGUACAAAUCCUAUGAGCCAAUUAGAUACAGCAGUUAUGUCCCAUAUUAUACCUUACAAACACAACGAACGUUUUUCAAACCGCGGUAUCCUUCAUCGUACAUACAAGAAUCACAGAAGUAUCUCGACAAAUAUGUGUCUGCGCGUCUAAAGGCUGAUGAUUUUGCUCAACAUUAUGCUUAUACAGCAUACGAUUGGCGACGUCCCCAGGAUCAUGCUUUUAAUCGACAUUUUAUGUAUGGAGAAAAAGUGGCUGUGCCAAUAGCGACUAGGAUACCUUAUUCAUAUACAGAAGCACAGGCUCUAAGACGAAUCUAUAUGCUUACGGGACGAUUUACAUUUGCAUGA